AUGAGUUUUUCUUACCGACUAUUAACUUUUUGGAGCAGGAGAGUUGAUUGCAGCUUAACGUUGGUUCAUCACUUUUACAGUAUUUACUUCUGUGAAGCUGAAUGUUUAUUAUUAAUUGUACUGAAACUUGGUUUGAAUGAUAUUAAGAACUCAACAAUUUUUCGAGCAGAAUCUUUAAGUUCCUCGUCUCUAAUCAGGAGUUUAUUUUUUCGCCUAAUGGUGGAGGUCGGAAAUUGUAGUCCAUACGCCUUUGAUGCUGCUCGUACAAUCUUCUUUCCCGUUCACGUCGUCUUUGCUCGCGAAUUUCUUCUGUUGGAUCGCCAAAUUCUUCGACAGUUUCUUCUUCCCAUCCAGUUGCGUUUUCGUCCCAUGUUUCAAGCUCAUUCUAAAAUUGACAUAACUCAAGAAUUUAAAACUUCCGAUGAAAACAACAAAAUUUAUAAAAAGCUAAUUUCGGUAAAUUUUCAUUUUACAAGAAAAUGCAACUAUGAAUGUGGAUUUUGUUUUCAUACUGCUAAAACCAGCCACUACACCAAACUGGAAGAGGCAAAACGAGGUCUUCGUAUGGUCAAAGAAGUAGGCAUGAAAAAAAUCAAUUUUUCUGGUGGCGAACCGUUUCUUUAUCCAAAACACUUGGGAGAGCUAGUAAAAUUCUGUAAAAUAACUCUGGAACUCGAAUCAACAUCGAUUGUUUCAAACGGGUCACAAAUAAAAGAAUCUUGGUUCCAAAAGUAUGCAAAAUAUUUGGACAUUCUUGCAAUUUCUGUUGAUUCCUUCAAUGAAGAAACAAACAUAAAAAUUGGACGAGGCCGCGGUAGACAUUUGGAGAAACUGUCUGAUAUCCGCGACUGGUGCGAAAAAUACAACGUCAAAUUCAAACUUAACUCCGUUAUCAGCAUCUAUAAUUGGCAAGAAAACAUGGUUGAAGAGAUUGAGAACUUGAAACCGUUUCGAUGGAAGGUUUUUCAAUGUUUACUGGUUGAUACUGAGAAUGCUGGUGAACAGGCGAUUCGUAAAGCUAAAGAUUUCAUCAUCACCGAUGAACAAUUCGAAGAUUUCUGCUCAAGACACCGACAUUUGUCAAGUUUUGUCCCUGAAUCCAACGCCUUGAUGAAAGAAUCGUACAUUAUAUUGGACGAAUAUAUGCGGUUUUUGAACAAAGGUGACGUUUAUAAGGAGUCAGAGUCUAUUUUGGAAGUUGGAGUUCUUAAAGCGAUGGAACAAAUUGAUUUUGAUGAACAGACAUUCAACGCUCGAGGUUGUUCCACCACAACUGACCCCAUUAUCUCCAGAACCUUUGUAUCCGCCGUUGUAACCAGUUGCGACUGCACUCGGUGACACGCAAGACAUAGAGCCGCAUUUAUUCGGGCAGCAUUUUUCAUUAAACGAACAUUCAUAGUCGCUGUGACAUCUCGGCAUGCAUCUCGUAACAGUAUUUUGGAG